GAUCGGCUACGCCGCCACAAGCACAGUGGCGCUUGUCAUCUUAUCUUCCACCUUCUCUCUCCCUUUCCCUCUCGCCUUCCCCUUGCCUGUCUACCAUAUAAAGCGCAAGCUGCGCACGAAUAAACGUUGAUUACCAGCCGCUAUCGUCACGUUCUUGCGGCGUCGUAACAGUGGCGACGACGAUGCGAUAGUAUAUCUUCCGCUGCUCUGUCGGCAGACAUGGUCAGCUAUGCAGUUCCGCCGCAGUUCGACGAGGCCGUUGACAAAUGGCCCGCUUACCAAAUCCGUCUGGAGGCGUUCUUCGAAGGCAACGGGGUGACAGACGGGAAGAAGAAACGCGCCUUACUCGUCGCAGCGCUGAGUACCAACACCGUGGACGUCAUCAGCGGACGCGGUGCUCCAGCAAAGGUAAAUGAGCUUCCGUACAGCGAAGUGGUCAGCCUUCUGCAGCAACAUUUCUCGCCAAAACUGAACGAAACGGCCCAGUCGUAUAAGUUCUUCUCCCGCAACCAGCUGCCGGGGGAACCGGUAAGAGACUUCGUUGUGGCCAUCCGACAAAUAGCAGACACGUGCAACUUCGGGGACACAUUGGACCGGAUGCUGAAGGAUCGGAUAGUCUGCGGCCUCCAAAAUUCAACGGUGCGUCGGCAACUUUUGGCUAAGCCGUUCUUGACGAGAACCGAAGCCGAGGAAGUCGCCGUAGCAGCAGAAAUGGCGGAAGAAAAUGUAAAGGAAAUGCAACGCGCCACGACAGAGGAUGGGGGCGUGCACGCCGUGGGAAGCAGGACGGCAAGGCAGAAAUGGCGGGAGACUGAGUCGCCGUGUUCCAGGUGUGGCAGAGGGGGACACCAGCCAGACGCGUGCCGUUUUCGGUCAGCGCAAUGCUACAACUGCCGCCAACGAGGUCAUAUCGCCAAGGCUUGUUUCCGUCGCGCCGACAGACCAGUCACCGCGUCAACAAGGCCAACCCCACAGCACGUCAAUGCACUGGCCCCGCGGGAUGAACAAGAGUGGGAUACCAGAACAGAGGGCCUGUUCAUGUUGGGGGCGUCAAUGGAACACGUCGGGCACAUCGAGACCACUCAGCCUAUUGCGGGUACCUUCGACUGGGGGGGCGUGCCUGUCAACAUGCAACUCGAUACGGGGUCUCCGGUGUCGGUCAUCACGUGGCCUACCUACAUGCGGCACAAAGCUGCGUGGCCGAGCCUCCAGGAUUCUCCUCUGAAGUUGACUUGUUUCCUCGGAAAACUACCAGUGCGCGGGCAGCUGAAGCUCAAGGUGGCCUUGGGAGACCAAGCCAGGGAAGGAACACUGACUGUCCUGGGCUGCUCCGGCCCCAACCUGUGUGGACGCGACCUCAUACACGCAUUCGACCUGCUGGAGAUGCCGGUACUCAGCGUAGCAACAGAAGGCCGUACCGGCGAUGGCCGCGGGGCGGAUCCAACGGUGGGCUCUGCUGCUGGGGGCCUACAACUACGUCAUCCAGCGCAAGGACGGCAAAGCCAAUAUUCCGGCCGACGCACUCAGCCGGCUUCCAGCGUCUGGAUCAGCACCCCCUGAAUCGGCGGAAGACGAGGAUGGCUGUGAGUAUGUUCUCCUCACUGAAAGCCUCAACGAUGGCGCCUUGUCGGCUAAGCAGUUGGCCGUUUUGACGGCGGAAGAUGAUGGUUUCGCAAAGGUGCGGAAGUGGGUACAGGAAGGCUGGCCCUCUCGCCUAGCACUAGAGGACAGCCAUUUAAAACCCUACUUUGACAGGAGAGACGAGAUGACUGUUAGCCAUGGGCUUUUGUAUUGGGGCCAUCGCGUGGUUGUGCCGCAGGUUGCCAGACCAGCAAUGCUACGACUACUGCAUGAUACGCAUCAGGGAAUGGGCUCCAUGA